GGCAAUAUAAUGACGCCCACUCACUCUGUCACUGUAUAUAAUUAGAGCUACAUAUAGACAUAGCUAUACAUAUAUACUACUAGAGAAUGGCUACUGUAACUCAAUUUCUCUGCUGUCUGCUGGGAAGUAUUUCUCUUGUGUAUGGACAACCUUUGAUUAGACUGUCAGCAUCCAAUGAGCCCGAUGACACUGACCACACUGGAGAGAUCAUCUCAUUCUCUGAUGUUGGAUCAGGAGCUAAUGGUCUACCACGCCCCUGGUUUUGCUACACCGAAGACACUGGUAGUGUAUUGUGGCUGUUCCCCAAUGGGAGUGCAUUGCAACUUGAAAGUAGAGUGUUGGCAGUUCAGGACGAAGUGUUCAUCAGAGAUGUUCCUAAUUUUGGCGUUUCUCUGUAUCGUGGUCCCACACACUUCAGUCCUGAUGGAGAACACUGCUGUGUGAGGACUGCCACCAAUGAGAGGAGAUGUGUCACCUUCACUCCCUGCCCCACACUGAGUCCCCUGUCUAAUGGAAGGAUCUCAUACGAUGCAACCACCAACAUGGCCACCUACACCUGUGACCCUGGGUACGCUGUGGCGACCAUCUCAUCCAUCACCUGUAAUGAUGAUACAAUGAUGUGGAGUAGCACUGUGAGACCCACUUGUGAAGUCAGCACCACUACCUGCUCUGACUUGCCUGCUCCAACCAAUGGAAUGAUUGGCUAUAAUGCGGAGACCAUGAAUACUAGACCAGUGAACACCGUGGCCACCUUCACAUGUAACACUGGAUACACUGUGACUGGUGAUAUGACCAGGACUUGUGGGGCUGGUGGAGUGUGGAGUGGGACUAAUCCAACAUGUACUCCUGUUGACUGUGGCCCCCUUACUGACCCCUCCAAUGGUAUGGUUAAUACACCCAUUACCACGUUUGAGAGCACUGCUACCUACUCUUGUAACAGUGGAUACAACAUUGUUGGUAGUGAGAGCAGAACUUGUGGAGCAAGUAUAACAAGUGGAGCAACUACACUAAGUGAUGGAGUUUGGAGUCCAGCUGCACCAGUUUGUGAAAUUGUCAACUGUGGUUCCCUAAAUGCCACUGCCAAUGGAGCAGUGGACACAUCCUCUGGAACCACCUUCAUGAUGACUGCUACCUACACCUGUGACACUAGAUACAUGCUUAUUGGAGCUAUGACCAGAACUUGUCAAGCUAAUGGAAUGUGGAACUCUAGUGAACCUGCCUGUGAAUUCAUUGUCCUGUCCAUUGGAGGCACUGUCUACACUAACAACACAGCUCUGUCCUUCUCCCUCAUUGGAGAGGGCUCCUCUGCCCUCACCUGUCACACUGAGCUAUCCACCUGCUGCAGGGAACAAGACAACCUCAAUGGAGGGGCUCUAGGAGGGUGGAGAGGACCUGGCGGAGACAUUCCUGAAGCAAGUGAUACUUGUCCUUCAGAGGGAUUUUAUGUCACUAGAAACAUCAGCACUAUCAGCCUGAAUCGCUGUAGAAAUGAAAUGUUGGCAAGAGGUCUCUACUGCUGCACUAUCCCCAGAACUAGCGGGACCAAUCAAACAUUCUGUGUGGACGUGCAAGUGCCUACUCCUCCACCAGUGACUAGUGGUGGUGAUGUUGGGGCUAUAGUCGGUGGUGUCAUUGUUGCUGUGAUAGCCAUUGUGGGGAUAGUAGUGGGCAUCAUUGUGGCAGUCAUCUUUGUCAGGCGUAUGAGACUAAAUAGGCUCAAGUAUGCCCCUGUGCUGAAGGGAGGAACUCUGACCUCUGAUACUCCUGCUAAACCAGCUCCCUACACUCACUACACUAGGGACAGAAGAGAUGAUGGUGCAGUAGCUCUGAGUAGUGUGCUCACUCCUAAAGACACAGAGCCUAGUAUAGUAGAGUUUCCUAGUGAUACUCAUGUGACGGAGGGGGAGGAGGUGUAUCUGAGGGUGAAGGUGGGAGGUCACCCUCCACCCAGUCUCACCUGGUACCACGAUGGUAGGAAGGUGACUGCAGACUAUGCCACAGAACUGGACCAGGACGGUGGAAUAUCCUUCCCUAGUGUGGAGACUAAGCAUGCUGGUAACUACAAGCUUGCUGCUGUCAAUGACUCUGGAUCCAUUGAGAAGCAAGUACACCUCUCUGUUAGGGGUGAGAAUGAAGAGCCUCCCCCUGUCAAUAAGAACAUUGACUUGGGACCAUUACCAGUGGAGCAGCUUGGUGUGUUUGUGAGUGAUCUGCAUGCCAAUGGAAACCUCAAGUUCAAAGAUGCUUACAAGACAUUGGACAAUGGUGAGAAGGGACAUGAUGUGGUCGUGGCAAAGAUACCUGAGAACAAGCUGUGCAAUAGAUUCGGGAACAUUGCCGUGUAUGAUGACAACCGUAUUGUGUUGCAACCCAUCCUUGGACAAGAGGACUGUCAGAGUGACUAUAUCAAUGCCUGCUAUGUAGACGGCUACCAAGCACCCAGGAAGUUCAUUGCCACACAAGGUCCUAUACCUCGCACUGUGGUGGACUUCUGGCGGCUCAUGUGGCAGGAGAGACCACCCAUAAUAGUCAUGCUCACCAACCUCAUGGAGAACAACAAGGUCAAGUGUCAACCAUACUGGCCCGAGUCUGGGAAGAAGCAGUUUGGACCAUUCACAGUGGCCAUUACAGAACAGCAGAUCUUUGCUGACUACACCGUCAGGACCCUCAAAGUCACUAUUGAAGGAGACAGGAAGUUCCUCAAGACCACUCAGUUUCACUUCACAACGUGGCCUGAUCACGGUGUGCCUGACUAUGCCACGCCCAUUCUUGGGUUCCAUCGUCGGGUCCAGUCCCAAUACAAGCCAUCGAAAGGUCCUAUUCUGAUCCACUGCAGUGCUGGUGUGGGACGCACAGGCACUUACAUUGCCAUUGAUAAUGUCCUUGAUCAGAUCUCAGCCGAGGGUAUCGUUGAUAUUUCUGGUACCAUUGUCAGAGCUCGUAACCAGAGGAUGAAAAUGGUCCAGACUCAAGACCAAUAUGUGUUCAUCCACGAUGCUAUCCUGGAGUCAGUGACGUGUGGAGACACUCAGAUCAGUGCUGGAGAUCUGCGCAGACAGAUACUGAAUAUGUCAUCAGUGCCCCCGGGAAAAACCGUCUCUGGAUUCCAAUACCAGUUCCAAAUUCUGGAACAAGUAUCUCCAAAUCCUAACGAGAUUAACAGCAGUGCUGCCCUCGAAUCGAUGGACAAGAACAGGGGGAAAAAAUACUUGCCAGCUGACAAUAGUCGUGUGUUUCUGAAGGGAGAGCAACCUGACUACAUUCAUGCUGUGUUUGCUCAUGGCCACAAGCACCAGAAGGCAUACAUCAUUGCCCAGAAUCCACUGGACUCAACUGUGCGUAACUUCUGGAAGGUGAUCUAUGACAGGAACUGUGCGGCUGUUGUGAUGUUGACUCCACUCAGUGAGAAUGGGAAGGAGGCAUGCUCCCAGUACUGGCCAGAGAGUGGCAAUGUCACCUCCUUCGGUGAGUUCACCAUCGAUAACUUGGGGGAGGAAACCAACACUGGGUUCAUUAUGAGGCAACUGAGCGUCCUCAAUGAAAAGACCCAAAAGGCCCUUCAAGUGAUCCAGUUCCACAUCACUAACUGGAAUAGCAGUGGAAAGUGUGAGAACCUCAAGACUGUAACUGACGUCAAUGAGGAGGUUAUAAAGGUUCAAAGGAGGACUGGAAACAAGGCGAUUGUGGUCCACUGCAGUGACACUGCGACCCGCUCUGGUAUGUACUGCUCUGUAGCUACUACCAUUGACCGUUGCAAGACAGAGGGAGUGGUGGAUGUGUUCCAGGUGGUCAAGGCUCUCAGGGUCCACAAGCCAGGGGCAGUACCCUCAGUCGACAACUACAAGGAUGUUUUCGAGGCCUUGUUGGUCUACUUGAACUCCUUCGAUACUUACGCAAACUUUUAAUGUAAAUGUGAGCGCAUGUUUUAGUGUGUGAAGUUAGAUUAGUUUAUGUAUUGCCACUUUUUUUAUCUCUGCGUCACUCUUUGUCAUUAAAUUUUUAGUGUAAUGA